GCCAAAAUACUCCUCUCUCUCGAGCUCCUCAUAUUCCAGCUCGUCGAUUCAAAACCCUAGAACUAAACUCAUCUGUAUCUGAAGAUCGAUUUCCACCUCCAUUUCCCUCUCGUUACACACAUCUCAAUUUUAAUUGUUCUUAUCAUGGAGGCUGUCAGUGUUUGAGAAGGUGGCACGGGGCUGAUGUUAGCUUUCAGGGGUAUUGUAUGCUGACAUUGUUCUUGUUUCCAAAGGUUAGCAUCUAUGCCUGGCAACGAAUUUGGAGAUAGGGUUCACAAUUUCUUUGCACAAGACAAUUCACCGCAGGGGCAGCAUCAAUCACAUGGUGUGGAUGGAAACUGGCCAGUGUCCAACAGCAAUUUUUGGGUUGGCAGCCCAAGACCUGUUGAUGUGCUGAACUCAAGCACUAAAAAUUACUCUGGGCAAAACCCAGAAAUAGAUAGAGGGCAGUCUGGCUAUCCUGCUCAUUCAGCUAAUGGAUUGAAUUUUCCUCAACCAAAUCUGAGGCCUGAUUUCUCUAGAAUCCAACCCCUAAAUGAGCAACAAUAUUCCAACGGCUAUAUGUAUGGCAAUCAAUAUCCCCAAGGUAGGCAGAAUGAAGGUAACUUCCGGGAAUUGGAUGCGUAUUCUGAUCAACGUCAUUUAUUAGCCUCGAGAGACUUGCCUGUGCAUGAAUUGCAUAGAAUUAGCGGCCAUGAGCAACCACCAAAAGCUUCAGAUAGAUCGGGAACAUCUGUCUCCCCUGUUAGUUUUGAUCUCUUUGGUGGUCAGCAGCAGAUGAACCAUCAUCAGCAAGCAAGCAUGCUGCAGGCAUUACAGCGCCAACAAUCUGGCCUCAAUGACAUGCAACAACUGCAGCAGCAACUCAUUUACAGGAAAAUGGAAGAGCUUCAAAGACAGCAGCAACUUCAACAGCUGGACUCAAGGCCUCAAACUCCUAUUAAUCAGGUUCCUCAGGUUACCAAACAGGCGUCUGGAAGCCAGUCCUCUCUGUUUAAUGGUAGUCCAAAUUCUGAUGCAUUACGCAAUCCUUGGACGGCUGAGCCUGGUACAAACUGGCUUGGCCGUGGUUCUGCUGCCAUGCAAGGAUCCCCCGGUGGCACUACCUUUCUACCAAAUCUUGGACAGACACACCGAUUAAUGGACAUGGUGCAUCAACAGGAUGAUCAAUCCCUUUAUGGAGUUCCAGUAUCCAACCCAAGGGGUUUGGCUAUGAACCAAUACUCUCCUAUGGUGACAGAGAGAUCAUCAACACCUCAAAUGCCAAUAUCUGGCAAUUCUCUGCACAGUAAUCAACACAAUUUUCUGCCUGACAGACUUACCAGACCAGAGGGGACUUCCAUAUCUCGACAAAACUAUCAAAAUGAUACUAAUGAACAUGGUUCUAGUCAGUCACUGAAUACUGGCAUAAUGAAUAUAGGGUUCCACCAGCAGGUGAAUUCAUUGCAGAAUAAUGCAUCACAUCAGGACCGUGCAAGGAGGCAGGAGCUGUCUACUCUGUCAGAAACCUCGCAAGAAAGAUAUCCAAUGCAUGUAUCUUCACCUCAGAAUGAAGUCACCUUAGAUCCUGCUGAAGAAAAGAUCUUGUAUGGUUCAGAUGAUAAUAUAUGGUCUGCAUUUGGUAAGCUCCCGAGUAUAAGUGCAGAAGCUGGUAAUUUAUUUGAUAGUAAUAGUGGAAUAUCAAAUGGGGCUCCAUCCCUUCAGAGUGGUAGCUGGAGUGCUCUUAUGCAGUCUGCAGUUGCUGAAACUUCUACUGCCGAUGUAGGGCCUCAGGAGGAAUGGAGUGGUCUGAACUAUCACAAUAAUGAUGGCUCUUCAGCAAAUCAGUCCCCUCUAAUUCACAAUGUAAAUGUCAAACAAUCAUCGUUGCCCAAUGACCGUGUUCAUAUUUCUUCAGCAACGGGCACUGAAUCCAUUCGCUCUUCUGACUCUCUCAAAUUGAUGGGGUUGAAUCAACUUGGGCAUACUUUCCAGGAGCAGCCUAGUGAGGCGGCAGCGACUGAUGUUUCUCAAAGGUUUGGGCAAGCCGUGGCAGGAACUAGCAAGUGGCUAAAUCACAGCCAAGUCCAAAAUCAAUUAGGAGGUGAGAGUGAUAUACAUGGAAAUGCCUUGGGAAAUGCUGUGGGCGCUGAGAGAAAUGGAAAGAAUUUUUUCGCAGAUUGGCCUCUGGGUCAGGGUGGAACUAAACGACAACCAAAUGGUGGGAAUGUCCUGGCAGCUGUACCACCUGCUGGAGAUAGAUCACUGAAUGCUCAUGAUGCUGAGAGAGUGCCUCAAAACCAGAACAAUCAAGUGAAGUCAGUGGAGGGACAAAUGGCAGAUGGAGGUUCUUUAUGGAAACCCAGUCCCCUAACUAGUGCUGUUGAAUUUGGUUCUGUAAGAUCUAUGUCUGGAAAUCACCAAGUAAAUAAAGCCAAAGGGGAUUUGGGUUUUCACAAUGCUGCCACUUCAGCUGCGAACUCAUUUAAUAUGGUAGCUGGUGAUGGAGCUUAUCCCUUUGCUCAGAAUAACUAUUUGCCCAAUCAGUGGAAGCAUGCCUCUCCUUCAACAAAAUCCCAAGGGGGUGAAAGCUUAGGGAGAAUGAUGGACCAGGUUAAAGAUCAAAAUCAAGGAUCAUGGAAGAGCUCCGAUCAUGAUGAAAUGAAAAAUUACGAUAGGGAGAACUGUGCCAUGAAAGAGAAUUCUAAUGACAGCCAUCGCUCAAACUUAUCUAAUCAUGCUUCAGGUAGCUUCAGGGAAAGUGGUCCGACUGAUGCAAUUGAUUCAAGGUCUCUAUCAUCUGGGAAGCAAAAGUCAAGCAAUCCGCUUGCUAAAAAAGGUUCUGCUCCUCGCAAAUUUCAGUAUCAUCCCAUGGGAAAUCUGGAUGAUGAUGCGGGGUCAACCCAUGGCCUGAAGCAGCACAGCCAAGCACAGGCCACACCUGUGCAGAGUGCCCAUGCCCAUUUUGGCCAGUUGAAACUGUUUGGUCAGGUUCCAAGAAAUUCUGCAGAAAAGGGUGAACUUCCAAAAGACAAUAAACGCCUUGAUAAAGAGUCUUCUGGUGGUAGCUUUACUGGUUAUGCGGCCGGGACAUCUAAUCUUUUUAGCCAGUCCUUUGAUUCAAGCACGAACAAGGCUUCAUCACCCAGCCAAAACAUGCUGGAGCUUCUUCACAAGGUGGAUGUAUCAUCUCAACCACCUGAAGCUGAAAACUCUGAUGGAUCUGCUGGUCACCUUCAGCGUAGCCAAUCGUCUUUCUCUAAAGGUUUUGGAUUGCAACUUGGUCCUCCAUCUCAACUGUUGCAGAUUCCUGACCUUUCAUCAUCCUCCCAGAAUGCUCAAAGCAUGGAAAAUGCAACACGUAACAGUCUUGCUGGUAUAGGAAUGGGAGAGAAAAGCAUGCAUAUGGCAUCUUCGUUGCAAUCUAGGCAGUUCCCAAAUGAAAAAUCCCAGAUGGAAUAUGAAAACAAUACAUCUGCAGGUCCAAGGCAUCCUGGUAUUGGUAACUCUGUCGGUAAGGGAUCAGGGAAUUAUCAUUCAGCAUUAACUUCUGAUAUUCCGUAUAUGCGAAGUCAGCUUCAGAGUAAACAAGCAACAAGGCCAAGCACAAGACCAGCUGUGAAUCAACACAUUGACACCUCCUUCAGCUACAGUACUUCACUCUCUAUGGAAAGAGGUUCUACAGAGACUGUUCUACCUGAUACAUCUGGUAAUGUUCAGAAAAAUAGUCUUCCUUCAUCUGGUGGCACUGGUCAACAAAGCGGCCCGCAUGAUGUACAGAAGAUACGUCCAGCUGGAACUGCGUCAUCUAGGGAUCAAAUGCGCAGUUCUCAGCAUUUUGGGAUGUCAGGCAUUUCUCGACAAGGGUCUUCAGGCCAGGUCUUGCAAAGCAUGCCGUCUAAUGUUCCUACACCUCAACAUCCUUCGGUGACUCAGUACCCAAAGGGCCUGACAAAUAUUCAUGAGCUACCCCAGCCCAAUAUUUUGGAAUCUAGUUCUCGAGGUGAUCUCGAUGUUGGUAAAGGGGGGCAUAUUUUUACCAAGUCGACUGCAAUUGUUCAUGCUUCAAUUGGUGCUGAUGAGAAAGAGCAAAGUUUGAAGGAAAGAUCUGGACAGUUUCUCUCAGCCUCAAAAACAGAAGUGCCUUUGGGAAGUGCAUCUUCUGAAAAGAACCACUUGGAUGAUUCACCUGCUAAUUCUGCUUCAACACAAAAGGACAUUGAAGACUUUGGUCGAUCUCUGAAACCUAAUACCUUUUCUAAUGAAAAUUUUGCCUUACUAAACCAAAUGAGAGUCCUGAAGCAUGCAGAGAGUGAUCCUAGCCUUAGGUUUUCAAAGAGACUAAAAGGACCAGAAAAUAUUCAUGAUAUUCAUCAAUCACAUUUGGUAACAGAGAAGCAAAAUCAAGAUAAUUUUAGGAACUCAUUGGAUUCAAGUAGUGGGAUUCCUCCUGAAGAUUCUAGGGUGGUGACCUUCUCUACACCAUCUGAUAUGCUUCAGAGAAACACUUUGCCUCAUGGUAAUGCUGCCUCAGAGGAUGUUGUGGUGGUGACUGCUCUGCAUGGUUCUCAGAGCAAACCUCCUGCUGAUCCUUCUGCUGUUAGAGCUGAGCAUCAUAUGGUUAGCCCCCAGAUGGCACCAUCGUGGUUCAACCAGUAUGGAUCCUUUAAAAAUGGGUCAUUGCCUAUGCAAAAUAUACGCCAUGCCAUGUCCUCGAGACCAGAAGAACUUCCAUUUGCUCCUGGAACAUCUUCUAGUGCUAUGGACAUGCCUUAUCUAGAAGAAAAAAUGACGGCUACUCCUGUUGAGGCAUAUGUCAGUGACUCUCUUAAGAGUUCUGCUCCCACUUUCAAAACAAAUGAGCACAUAUCUUCUCCUCCAUCAAUGCAGAUGAAUGCUACUGGUCAGCAGCAGGUGAUUUUGAGACCCAAGAAGCGUAAGAGUGCUACUUCUGAACUUCUGUCAUGGUAUGAAGAGAUAACACAUUGUUCACUAAGUCCAUCAAUUCUCAGUGUUGUGGAAGCAAACUGGACUGAAGCAACAAAUCGUCUUGCUGAAAAGGUUGAAGAUGAUAUUGACCUGAUUGAAGAUGGACCUCCAUUGCUUAGGUCAAAGAGAAGGCUUAUUUUGACAACACAGCUUAUUCAGCAAUUAUUUCCUCCUCCGCCGGCAACAGUUUUUUCAGCUGAUGCUAUUUCCGAAUACGAAAGUGUGGCCUAUGCUGUAUCAAGGGUAGCACUUGGAGACGCAUGCAGUGCGCUAUCUACCUCUAGUAAUUUGGGUUCGCCCCCUCAUGAUAUUGCCCCGCAUGUUGCUAAGGGCAAACUCAGCAGCGAUCCACGUUUUGCAAAAGUCAUUGAAGAAUUUUUGGGAAAAGCUGGGAAGCUAGAAAAUGAUUUCUUGAGACCGGAGAGGAGUACAUCAAUAUUGGACUUGAGAUUGGAAUGUCAAGAUUUAGAGAAGUUUUCUGUCAUCAAUCGAUUUGCUAGGUUUCAUGGUCGCGGGCAAACUGAUAAUGCAGAGACAUCCACUGAUGCUACUGCAGCUAUGCAAAAACCUUGUGCACAAAAAUACGUAACUGCUGUGCCCAUGCCUAGAAGUCUUCCUGACAGGGUACAAUGUCUUUCACUAUAAUGAUUGAUUUUUCUGCUGAUUUGAACCGUGUCCAGUACUUUAUCGACUGGCACUUUCACCAAGGCCAGUUGAAUGGUGUGAUCGAAUGGCAGUUGGAUGGACACGAGGUCUCCUGAAUUGUGCUGGAAGCUAUUUAGUCUUUUCGAUUAGGCAUUUAUGUCAUUAUUGAGAAAUGCAAGGUUCAGUUCAUGUACAUCUCUAUGAAAUGGAAUGAAUUUGGGGUUCCCCAUCAUUUUUGCCUAGACGGGGAUUAUAUUAAGUGCAGCAUGAUAUUGCAAAAAUGGAUAUAUGACAUUUAGGUAGAUAAAUAUUUUAUUAUGUAUAUUCAGUAUCUAUUCUUCUUUUC